AUGGUAACUAGGAAGAACCCUAAAUCUCAAAAAUUAUGUUCACCAUCAGCAGAAUUGAUCGGGGGCAACGAUAGCUUACUGGAUCUUAUCUUUCCCCGUCUCCCUGUCAGAUCACUGACCCGAUUCAAAUCGGUAUCAAAACAAUGGUGUGCCCUUAUCUCCGAUGCCCACUUCGGCCGCCGCCACACUGUUGAAAACCCUAGUUCUCGCAUCCCCUCUGGACUCUACUUAUACAGGCCUGUCUGUUAUCGGGAUAAUACAGUUCAUUCAAUCUCUGUUGAUGAAUUAGGGCGUAAAAUUCCUUCUUGUUCAGAUACAGUUGAAAUACCUGAUCAUGCUCCAAUUAAGUUGAUGCGGAUGGUAUAUUCAGAAACUGGUCAAUGGGUAGAUACCAGUGUUUCUGUGGUUGGAACUGGGCUGGAAUUUGCCAGGGGUGAGUAUUGCAAUGGUGCAUUUUAUUGGAUCCGGGUAAACAGGCUAUCUUGCUAUCGUUUUGAUAUCGAUGCUGAGAAAUUGACCCAAAUCGCUUUGCCUCCACAGGCUCGUGGUUCACACUUCCGGCAUUUUGGAGAAUCUUGUGGACACUUGUACCUUGCAGGUGUCCGAGAUAAUACAGCAAAAAUUUUGAAUGUGUACGAGCUGAACCUGGUUAAUAUGAAGUGGAAUAUCAAGCACUGGGUUCAUAUUGAUCGUCUGAUAUCUUCAUUCCCACAGGUUAAUGUGAAUGGGGGAAAUCAGAUGUGUCACUCCACCCAAUCGAUAUUAGGUGUUCUUAGGGGAGAACGGGAUGAAGACUCAGCUCUUAUUGCAAAUGUUUUGGGCACAGUUGUUUCGUAUAAUUUCAAGAGUAAGAAGGUUGAGGUGCUGCUAUCUGAGCUCCAAUGGAAGGAUUAUAUUAGGUGA